AUGUGUGCCGCGUGGGUGAAAGCUGGUGGAGUGAAGGAGGCUGGAUCCGUGUGUGAAAUGAGGGUGAAAGUGGAUGAGCGGGUGAGUGCGGGGAGAAGGCAAGGAGGAGGUGAUUACCCGGUGAGGGAGGGGAUUGGGAAUGAGAUGAAAGCAGUGAAUUAUUCACCUAAAUGUGCACAGCGCGGAAUGGUUUCAGAUAAGUCUACUCAUCCACAUGCAAACUACGUGUAUGAGGCCGAGUCUUCGUGGUGGAGAUUUGGUUUGUGUAUAUGGUAUGUAUUGGUGGUGGGCGAGAAUAAGUGA